AAAAAUCCUCCCAAGUCUCUCUUCCAGUUCCCAACCCUUCUCCUCGGUCAAACCGCCUUUCUCUCUCCUCCCUUCUCCCUCCCUCUCAAAAAAAGUAGCUCCCGGAGAACCGAGAGGCUGGAGAAAGAAAGCCGGAAAGAGGCAGCGAAAUCUCACGUUGUUGAGAAUUCUUUCUUUUGUUUUCGAGUCCUUUGUUUUUUCCUGUUUUUUAGGGGGGUUCUUGGUUGGAGUGAGAGCUCAACUCCAUUUGUGCCCGCGAGAUCUUCGUUCCCCUCGUGUAUAGCCUUUUGGUUGGUGAAAGUGCGAUAAGAACAUCAAGAAAGGGAACCCAAAGCUUUGUCCGGAUUUUUCGCUGCUCCUGUUCUUGCAGGAGAAAUUUCGUUCGGUUACUAGGUUUUGUUCGGGCUGUUCUUCUCCUUUAUUGGUAGGAGCGAGCAGAACACAUGAUCCGUGUCUGAUACUGACGGCCUUGUCGACGCUCUGGACUCCAAUCCAUCCACCCUGCUGCUUUCGCUUUUGGGGUGAGAAGAGGAAGCAAUCAUUUGAUAUCGGAGACCUCGCCCAGCCCAGUUGAGUUAGAGGUUAAUUUCUUGCUGCAUGGCGGGCACAAGCGACCGCGGAUCCCUUAUGGAGGAGUGGAUGCUGCCCCCUACACCAAGCCCAAGAACACUCAUGUCAAGCUUACUGAAUGAAGAAUUCAGCUCAGGUCCAUUCUCCAAUCUGUUCAAUGAACAUAGCAACAAGCAACCCCAUGAUCGAUCUGAAAAGAGCAGAGAACUUGUGAAUUUGAGCGAUGAGGUGCCUGCUCAAGCUGCAAAAGCCACAUUUCAGAAGGAUUUCUUCCUGGAGCCAAAUUUGUUCAGUGCUAAUCAGAAAUCAAACUCACAUGGUGGUUUGGCAGAGCGCAUGGCUGCGAGAGCAGGUUUUAGUGUUCCAAAAAUUGAUACCUCUAGAGUUGGUUCAUCCACGGUUAUUCGAUCUCCUGUGUCCAUUCCACCUGGUCUUAGUCCAACUACACUCCUUGAAUCACCUGUUUUUCUUUACAAUAAGAUGGCACAGCCUUCUCCAACCACAGGCAAAUUGCCAUUUUUAAUGGCUGCAGAUGUUAAUUCAACGAUACAACCAGCUGCGAAGAUAACUGAAGACUGUACAUUUGAUAAUGAUGUUUUUUCCUUCCAACCCUACUUAGGUUCUAAAGAGCGAAGUUUCUCAACUGCGGAAAAGGGUUACAGUGCUUAUCAGCAAAACCAGUCCUUGUCGAAUAUCCGUCAGCAGGAAUCCAGUCUUCAGUCAAACUUUACUGCAGUCAAGGAGAACACUGAUGAAAGAAUUGCUAAACCAAAUACAUCCAACUCCAUGUUCGGUGUUAAUCACUGUUCUCCUGGUGAAGAGGAAGAUGACGAGACAAACCAAAAUGCGCAAGGUGAAGGUGUUGUGGCUAGGCCAGCUACUUGUCUUCCUGUAUCAGCGCAUGGUGAUGCAUCUAUCAUGGAGUCUCAAGAUGCAGUUGAUGUCUCGUCGACGCUGUCUAACGAGGAGGAUGAGAGGGUAACACAUGGCACUGUUUCUAUAGAGUGUGAUGGCGAUGAAGAUGAGACUGAAUCUAAACGAAGGAAGCUGGAUGCUUUAGGAGCUGCUACUAUUACUACUACUGCCGUCACCAGUACCAUUGACAUGGGAGCUGCCGCCUCAAGAGCUGUCCGGGAGCCUCGGGUUGUUGUGCAGACCACAAGCGAGGUUGACAUUCUUGAUGAUGGGUAUCGGUGGCGCAAGUAUGGGCAGAAGGUUGUUAAAGGCAAUCCAAAUCCGAGGAGCUACUACAAAUGUACACACCCUGGCUGUUCAGUGCGCAAGCAUGUGGAAAGAGCGUCGCAUGAUCUGAAAUCAGUCAUCACGACAUACGAGGGCAAGCACAAUCAUGAAGUUCCAGCAGCCAGAAACAGUGGGCAAGCCGGCUCCAGUUCUGGCAGCGCACCAUCUGCAUCACAUGCUAAUCACCGUAGGCAAGAACCAGCACAAGCCAGCUUCACUCACUUCGGUGUCACCGCUCCUUUCGGCUCCUUCGCUCUCCCACUGAGCAGCCAGCUGGGACCUGCAACAAGCAGUUUCCGGUUCAGGAUGGUUCCGCCAGGCAUGGCGCUUCCAAUGCCCUCUCUAGGAUCUCUUGCUCCAACAAAGAUGAUUGGAAAUUCAUCAGCUAUGCAGGGCUACCCAGGGUCAAUGAUGCCAGGAGAGCUGAAGGCAGAGCCAGUGUCGCAAUCAGGCUACCCAGGGGUAAAUGCAACCCCAUUAGCUUAUCAGCAGAUGAUGAGCAGGCCUCCUUUUGGUCCUCAGAUGUAAAUAAUAGGAAAAUGAAAAAAGGGAUAGAUUCACUUCAGCUUAUAUACAUGAUAGUAUCGCCACAACAUUGCUUUGUUCUAGUGUUCAUGGAUCCUCCAAUUUUUUUCCCUGUCGCGCAUUUCUUUGAAGCAAAGAAUGCCGAGGAUGAUACCCUGUCUUGCUGUCUCAGGCGAUGUAAAUUGGAUAAUCGAUCGAAACUCCUGGUUGUGAAUACUA